GCACCUUGUAACAUAGGUAGAAAGGAAAACCGAUAUCGCUUUGACUUUCCUUCUUCUUUGUGAAAGAUAUGGCGAUAUUGGAAGAAUCCGUGGUGAAUUCUAAGAUUUCUCCGCCGAAUUCGUACGGAGCCGUUGUUCUUGGUGGUACCUUUGAUCGAUUACAUGACGGACAUCGCCUCUUUCUCAAGGCAGCGGCGGAGCUGGCGAGGGAUCGAAUUGUCGUUGGAGUUUGUGACGGUCCAAUGUUGGCUAACAAACAGUUCUCCGAAUUAAUUCAACCCAUUGAGGAGCGGAUGCUUAAUGUUGACAACUACAUCAAGUCUAUUAAACCAGACCUUAAAGUGCAAGUUGAACCUAUUACAGAUCCCUACGGCCCUUCAAUUAUUGAUGAAAACUUAGAAGCUAUUGUUGUCAGCAAAGAGACAUUACCAGGUGGCAAGUCAGUUAAUAAGAAGAGAGCUGACACAGUCCUUUCACAGCUGAAGAUUGAAGUGGUGGAUCUAGUUUCUGACGGAUGCAGUGGAGAUAAGCUAAGUUCAACAACCUUGAGGAAACUUGAGGCGGAGAAGGCAAAAAAAGAGCAGCUUGAGGCUGAGAAGGCCAAAAAUGAACAGCCCGCAGAACAAAUGUUGGGCACAGAAGGAUUGAAAGUAUUCUGCAAUAAGCUUACUUCUUGAGGCUGAGAAUGACAUGAUGGAACGGCUGUUUGAAUCGGUAGCAGAUUUCAUUAAAACAAUGUCUUAUCAUUAUUAUCAACCAUACUUAUGUUCAUUUCUGUAACAAUAAUAGAACCAGAGAACGAUGAAUGCAUACAUGUUAAAAGA